GUUUGGGAAGUCUGACUUUUCAUCAGGUAGGCGUUGAUAGCGAUUGCCACCUGUCGAGACGGGAGACGCGGCGUCUGUACAACUUGUCCGAAAGUGCAUCAAAUCGAGCGGAUUAAAAGUGCGAGGAUAUGUUCUAAGGGAGGUGGACGCGAUUUGGUGGAGUGUUUUCAGUGAAUUUGCCGCGGUUCCUGCGUUUUCGACGUCCGAAAAAAUGAAAUUGGCGGCCGCGCUUUUGUUGAUCGCCGCGACUGGAUUCGAUAUUCAAGGCUGUUGGGGGGCGCAGGUGGAUGUGGAAAAGAAAAUACAAACAGUCCUGCCUGGACAGAAUGCUACCUUCAUGUGCCGGGUGGCGGUACCCCUGCAGUACUGUCGGGUGGAGAUCCCCGGAUUGAAAACCCUCAAUUUGAAUAGAGGCAUCAGCAAUGCGGACGUGUCGUAUUACGGCCAAGGGUUGGACGCUGGCCAAUGCGGUUUCGUUAUCCACAGAGCAGAGGACCGUAAUAAUGGGGACGUGAAGUGUACUUUGGGUAUUGCUAGCGAAGCGCAAGAGUCAGUAGGCACCAUGUCGCUGAUAGUAGCCAGGUCGCCCAAAGCCCCCGAGCUGGAUCUGAGCCAGGGUACGGAUCACCUGGUGGUGUACAAAGUCGACGAUACCAUACAAGCUUCGUGCAUAGUCAGGGACGGCCGUCCUGUUGCCAACAUCAGUUGGUUUUUGGACAAUGAACCUAUCGACAACAGUGAGCUGAGCAUGCCCACGGUUAUAGACUUGGCUAAGGAGAAUCUACAGUCGAAAAUUCAAAACUUGACGAGACGCCUACGGGCGUCGGACAAUGGCAAAUAUCUGAGGUGCGUCGCGUACCACGACGGAUACCCAGGUGGUAUUUCAGAAACCAAACGACAGCUGGAUAUCAAAUACGGGCCCUUACCGCAACGGCAACCCAUAGAGGAGUUCGGCUACGAGAUCGGCAAAGUAGGAGUUAUUAAUGUUACCGUUGAGGCGAACCCGAAACCCCAAAUAGAGUGGUCGGUGGACGGUCAGAAAAUUAGGGAGGGCAGCCACGACAACACCGGAAGCAUGGAAGCGGAAGUGGCCCGAGAUCUGGGAAAUGGUCGAUACUUGGUCAGCCUGAAAAUAGCCAGGAUCAGCAAGCUGGACACCGAUAAGGAGUACAUCCUGACGGCGUACAACGACAUGGGCAGUCAAGAUUAUAGGGUGAAGAUUUCCACCAAUCCCGAACCGAAAGGGAUCACAAAGUUCUUCCGACAGCACGUCUACGGGUUCGAGUUUGGGGUGGCCUCCGUAAUCGGGAUAGUGGUCGCCAUUUUGUUCAUAAUCUUGGUGGUUUCGAUCGUCAUUUUCGCCAAAGUAACGGGCCGGUGGUGUUUUAGCGGUGGGGCGACGGUGAUAGAUUAUACUGGGGGCGACGGAAGUCAGCACCAUCACUCGGAUGGGAUCAGCGGCGAUGGGGUGGACAACCCCCACCACCAGGUGUCCUCCGAAUACAUCAACGGCAACGAUUUGCCAAUCAAAAAGGACGAGAAGAUCGACACCGCGGUAUAAUGACUUUGCCCCGCCAACAGUUUCGUUGCCUUUUGCGAUUAUUAAAAGUAGGUAAAAAAUUGCUAAAUGUCAAACAAGGGAUUGUUAUGUUCUGGAUACCGUAUAGGAUAUUAUUAUAUUUUAUGAACGAGGAUUUAUGGCAGCUACGGGCUGCUAGUGUUUAGCAAUUGUUUUCGUCCAUUAUUUUGCGGGGUUGAUUUAAAAUCGAAAGACGGCACUUUCGAAACGUUUGCCACUACAUUCCAUGUAUUUUUAGAUUUCGUAAAACUCUCGACAACAGCGCUGUAUGCUUAGGGGUUGUGAAUCUUUUACUAAUGGCUGACCAAAAAGUUUUGACGCUCUCAGUACUGCACGUUUGUGCUCUACUUCUUCGUCAAUUGUAUAUAACUAAACAUGCCGUUUUUUUUUUUACUUCAUCACUAAAUUGAGUUAAACUUUCCCGAAAUAUACUCAAAAACGUCUUCAAAAUCGGUCUUGACUAAAAACAAACCAAGAACAGUGGUACCAAGUUACAAGAGUCUACUCGAGAAAUGACUAGGAUAAACUUAAGUUAGCUAUCUUUCGAUUCAAAGUAUGUUGUCUAUUAGAAAUUAUAUGUAAAUAUUACACGAUAUAAUAUAUUUAAACUUAUUUUCAAAAAUAAAAAAUAUCUAUGUACUGUAUGUUUCAAUGUCCAAUAAAUUACAAAAAGAAAAUCGACGUUUCUCAACCAAUCAAACCGUAUGCAGGACGGUCGGGUUUUUUUUCACAUGCCCGUUCUGUAUACCGCUGUACGUGUAGAACAUUAGAAUAAUUAUUUGUAUAUUUAUAGAUAUAUUUUAUAAAAUAUUUAAAUAGUUUUACAGUUUAGAGUCGACGUGUCAAUUUUUUGCUGCAAAAUGAAUACUCAAUCACUACCAGCUUCUUUCUUUACAUAAGUUUGCGAUGCGACCAAAACCUGGCGAUUUUAAUUCGUGAAAUUUACAAAUUACUGCCAUACGAUGUCAAGACUAUUUAUUGCUAUCCUGUUAAGUUGCUUAAGUGUAUUAUUGUAAGGCCUGCCGAUUUUUUUUUCCUAUCUCCAUAACUUCGACGGCUACGACAGUCAUUUCUUCGUCGGAAAAUGGGUUUAAAAAAUUCCGCGGGCCUGUAGAAAUUUCGAUUCAGUUUCCAUUUGAUACUCGUGACUAGUAUUAUUUUUUCUCUGAAUUAGUUUUAGGUUACUUUUCUUGUAAGAUAUGACAAUAAUUGUUUCUUUUUUUCUAUAUUAAGAUACUAUUGUAUUGUUAGGUAUCGCACCAUUUGUAUUUUGUUAUUUAUAAAAUUAAUUUGAUUAAGUUCCGCCCUUUACGCGAGAUUAUAUAUCGUUCUUAUGUAACGGCACCUUCACUUUUUCUACUUCGAAAUAUUACUGAGUUAAGCGUUGUAAAAAUUUUGUAAGUUUGUGUACUUAAACCACUUUUCAAUUGUUUUAUAAAUAAAGUUUAUUAUUAAAACGUGCUUGCUUCAUUGC